UCCAUAUCUUUCCUUCUCUCUCUAGGAAGCUCUAGAACAAGUCGCCAGCACCUUCUAAUGCCACCGUCUCCUCCGCCUUCCACCGGCUCUUAAGCAUUCCAUUCGCUCGGUGUUUCUUGUCUGUAAUCGAACCCUCUCCUCCCAUCUGCUCCCGGCCUCCGUUUCUCUCUCAAACUGACAUAUCUGACCCGCAUUUGAUAAACAGCUCUGCAAAUAUCAGAAAUGGCUGAACAAGCAUACACUGUGGUAUCUGAUAGUGAAACAACUGGAGAGGAAAAAUCUUCAUCCACUUUUCCAGAGAUUGCUAUUGGAAUCGACAUCGGUACUUCUCAAUGCAGUGUGGCAGUCUGGAACGGCUCCCAAGUAGAGCUUCUUAGGAACACAAGAAACCAGAAGCUGAUGAAAUCUUAUGUCACCUUCAAAGAUGAAGUUCCUGCAGGUGGUGUUAGCAAUCAGCUCUCGCACGAGUAUGAGAUGUUAUCGGGUGCUGCAAUCUUUAACAUGAAACGCCUAAUUGGUAGAGUUGACACUGAUCCAGUGGUUCAUGCUAGCAAAAGCCUCCCGUUUUUGGUACAGACGCUGGAUAUUGGCGUGCGGCCCUUUAUUGCAGCAUUGGUGAAUAACGCCUGGAGGUCCACAACUCCAGAAGAAGUUCUUGCCAUAUAUUUGGUGGAAUUAAGGGCCAUGGCUGAAGUUCGAUUGAAGCGCCCCAUUAGGAAUGUUGUCUUAACCGUUCCUGUUGCGUUCAGCCGGUUUCAACUGACACGGAUUGAGCGAGCUUGUGCCAUGGCCGGCCUACAUGUCCUGAGACUGAUGCCCGAACCUACAGCUGUUGCUCUGUUGUAUGCACAGCAGCAGCAACAGAGUGUCCAAGACAUUAUGGGCAGCGGAUAUGAGAAGAUUGCACUUAUUUUCAACAUGGGAGCAGGUUAUUGUGAUGUCGCUGUAUCUGCUACUGCAGGAGGAGUUUCACAGAUAAAGGCUUUAUCGGGUACUACUCUUGGAGGAGAGGACAUACUCCAAAAUUUGAUGCACCAUGUCCUGCCCAAUAUGGACAGUCUCUUUUCGAGUCGUGGAAUCAACGAGAUCAAGGCAAUGGGUUUGCUAAGAGUGGCAACACAGGAUGCAAUCUACAAGCUCUCUUCUCAAGCAAGUGUUCAAAUUGAUGUUGAUCUUGGGAACGGGUUAAAAAUAUGCAAGGUUAUCAACAGAGAGGAAUUUGAAGAAGUAAACAAGCACGUGUUCGAUAAAUGCGAGGCCCUCGUUAAACAGUGCUUGCACGACGCAAAGGUUGAGAUAGAGAAUGUGAACGAUGUGAUACUUGUAGGCGGUUGUUCUUACAUUCCGAGGGUGAGGAAUCUCGUUAUGGAUAUAUGCAGAAGGGAUACGAUCUACAACGAAUUGAAUCCUUUAGUGGCUGCAGUUUGCGGGGCGGCCCUGGAAGGUGCUGUUGCCUCAGGCAUCAAUGAUCCUUUCGGAAACUUGGACCUGUUAACCAUCCAAGUGACCCCUCUGAGUAUUGGCAUCCGAGCUGAUGGAAACUCCUUUGUUCCAAUCAUAAGCCGAAAUAUGACCGUGCCAUUGAGGAAGGAAUUGACCUUCACAACCGUCCAUGACAACCAGUCGGAAGCUCUGAUAAUAGUCUAUGAAGGCGACGAACAAUCCGCGGAGAAGAACCAUCUGCUGGGCUAUUUCAAGAUCACCGGGAUUCCUCCAGCCCCGAAAGGAGCUCCCGAAAUCAGUGUGUGCAUGGAUAUCGACGCUUCGAAUGUGCUGAGAGUUUUCACCGGGGUGCUGAUGCCCGGGACAAAAGAUCCGGCGACUCCAUUCAUGGAGGUGAGGAUGCCGACUGUGGAUGACGGGCAUGGCUGGUCUGCUGAAGCUCUGCAUGGCAAGCACGGGUCAGCUUUGGACUUGAUCACACUAGUGCAGAAGGCGGCUCAGCAGUGAGCAUGGGGAGGGUGAGUUUCCAUCAUGUGUUGUAUUGGUUCUUACUGGGCUAUUUUAGUACAACUUGGUUUCAUAAUAUUGAGGUCUCUACACUCUACAUCAAAAGUUAAAGUGGUUUUAUUAGUAACGUCGUGUCGUUGGAACAUAUAUAUGCAGUUCUACGCUGCUUGUAAUCGUAAUCAUAUGGUAAUUAAGAUGCUGGGCAUGUAAUUAUCCUUGUAAUCGUAGAUUAAUUCUCUC